AUGCUGGCCGACAAGGAGGCCAGGGGCAUGGGGGCCGCCGAGACGGGCUCGGAGCACAUCUUCCUGGGACUCGUGGCCGUCGACUGCUUCUCCAGCGUGGGCGUGACCCUGCAAAAGGCCAGGAACGCCGUGGAGCUCGUGUGCGGGACGCCCCACAAGCGCGCUGCCACAGAGAAGAUGGACUGGGGCGAGGACGCGAAGGGCGUGUACCAGGCCGCCCUCGCCGAGUCACAGGCGAUGGGGCAUUCCUAUGUACGACAGGAGCACAUUCUUUUGGGUCUCUUGUCUCAUGGGAGUGCGAACUGGAAGAAAAUCUCAAAAAGGAUGCGGCUGCGUAGUGAGCGGUUGCGGGAAGAGGCUAUCCUGCAGUUGGGAGGAGCUCAAGACCUGGAGGCACCAAAAUCAAGGGUUAUGUCUGCCAUGGCAGGUGACGUGAAAGGUGGCUCAAAAGGAGUUACGACACAGGGUGUGGAUGAACUUUGCAGGGAUUUGUGCCAAUAUGCACGAGAGGGGAAAAUUGACCCAGUUGUUGGGCGAAAUAAAGAAAUCAACCAUGUGAUUCAAAUUCUAGGCCGUCGGCAGAAGUGCAAUCCAAUUCUCCUUGGGGAGGCUGGUGUUGGGAAGACAGCCAUCGCAGAGGGAUUGGCAAGGGUCAUCGAGCAGGGUGCAACCCCACAGGGGAGUCCCCUUCCAGACUUUUUGAAGGGCAAGCGCCUGAUGCAGCUGGAUGUGCCUUUGCUGCUGGCCGGCGCCAAAGAAAGGGGGGAGCUGGAGACACGUGUCACUCGCAUCCUGAGUGAAGUCAAGGAAGCGGGCAACAUAAUUCUCAUGAUCGAUGAGAUCCACACGCUGGUGGGCAGCGGCUCUGUGGGCCGAGGGGGACUGGGCAUGGGAGGCCUGGACAUCGCCAACUUGUUUAAACCUGCACUGGCCCGCGGCGAGCUGCGCUGCAUUGGAGCCACCACCCUUGCAGAGCACAGGGCUUACAUUGAGAAGGACAAGGCGCUGGCCAGACGCUUUCAGCCUGUCAUUGUGGAUGAGCCAUCUGAGGUCCAUGCCCUGUCCAUCUUGCUGGGCCUGCAGGCCAGCUACGAGCAGCACCACCGCUGCAUCUACACGGAGGAGGCCCUGCGGGCAGCUGUGGUGCUGUCAGAGCGGUACAUUGCCGACAGGCUGCUGCCAGACAAGGCGAUCGAUGUCCUUGAUGAAGCUGGGAGCCGUAGCCGAAUUGAUGGCCACCUCGGCAGAAAGCAACAGCAGGGGCAAUGCGAUCCUGAAGCUGCAGCAGGUGCCUGCGAAGAACUGCGACAGGUCAUCGAAGCCAAAGAUGUGGCUGCAACAGAAGGUCAUUUUGAGGAGGCUGCGUUGCUCCGGUCCAGAGAGCUGGAAUUGAAGACGAAGCUGUCUGGGCCAGCCGCUGAAGGUGCUCUGCUGCCAGUGGUGGACAUCGCAGAAAUAGAAGCAGUGGUGGCAAAGUGGACUGGGAUUCCAGUGGAAAAAGUCACACAAGAUGAGGCCCAGAAGCUGCUCAAACUGGAGGUGGCGUUGCAUGCCAAUGUGAUUGGGCAGCACAAUGCUGUGUCAGCGGUGACACGCGCGAUGAGGCGGGCACACACUGGUGUGCGCGACCCCAAGCGCCCCAUUGCAUCCUUCUUGUUCUGCGGCCCCACUGGCGUUGGAAAAACAGAGCUAACCAAGGUCAUGGCCGACCAGUGCUUUGGCUCUCGUGACUCCAUUGUGCGCCUGGACAUGAGCGAAUACAUGGAGCGCCACACCGUGAGCAAGCUCAUCGGUGCACCACCAGGCUAUGCCGGUUUUGGCGAUGGUGGAAAGCUGACCGAACCUGUGCGACGCCGGCCCUUCAGCAUCGUCCUGCUGGACGAGAUUGAGAAGGCGCACCCUGACGUCUUCAACAUCCUGUUGCAGGUUCUGGAGGAUGGCCAGUUGACCGACUCGCAGGGAAAGACUGUGUCCUUCAAAAACACGGUGAUUGUGAUGACGUCCAACGUGGGGUCUAAUGCGAUCGCCAAGGGUACAGGAAGCAUUGGCUUCCAGUUGGAUGUGGACGCUGACAGAAAGGACUACAAGAGGAUCAGCAACCUCGUCAAGGAAGAGCUCAAGGUGUACUUCCGGCCAGAGAUGCUCAACAGGGUGGACGAGAUCGUCGUGUUCGAGCCCCUUAAUAUGUCCGACCUAGAUAAGGUCGCCGACAUCCUGCUGGACGAGACGUCCGCGCGCCUGGCCCCCAGGGGCGUCUCCUUCCGCCUCACGCCGGCCCUCAGGCGCGAGGUGCUGCGCCAUGGCCACGAUCCGGCCUACGGCGCCCGCCCGCUGCGGCGCAGCAUCGCGCUGCUGGUAGAGGACCCGCUGGCCGACGCCAUCCUGCGGGGGCGGCUUGCGGAGGGCGACGCGGCGGUGCUGGACAUGGAAGGGGAGGGCGGCCGCGUGGUGGUGAGGGCGCCGGGGGAGGCGACGAGCGAGGCGUGUGAGGGGCCGAUUAGCGACGUGGUGGCCUAUCCCGGCAUCGUCGUGGAGGCGACGGUGGAAGUUUGA